UCGUCUGCGCCACGCCAUAAGUGCAAGAUGGAGCUGUUCAAGUCGGGCUUGAAAACUGUGCUUGGUGGACAGCCCGGUGCUCAUGCUCCAACCGGGGCAGAAACGGUUGAGCGCCUAGUCAACAGAGUUCAGACGUCGACGCUUUUGGAAGACCGGCGAGAUGCCUGCCGCGCUCUCAAGGCUUUGGCAAAGAAAUUCAGAGUGGAAGUCGGUGCUCAGGGCAUGGACGCCCUGGUUCACAUUCUGGAAACUGACAGAGGAGACGGCGAAAUCAUUGGCUACGCCCUAGAUGCCCUUUCGUACGUCAUAUCGGGUGCAGAGGAGAACGAAGAGGACUCUCAGGAUGAAAAUGCAAGUCGAGAACUGGGAGAGCAGUUCACAGAAAUAUACAUAAAGAAACCUGAGAAUGUUACACUUCUGUUGGAUCUCAUGGAGGAAUUUGACUUCAGAGUAAGAUGGCCAUCCGUACGUCUACUGACUGGCUUGCUUGUUCAUCGUGCUAAAGAAGUUCAGGAGUGUGUUCUCACCAGUCCAAUGGGUGUGUCCAGACUUAUGGACCUUCUCUCAGACAGCCGAGAAGUCAUUCGAAAUGAUGCACUACUUCUGCUCUCUCACCUGACGAAGGCUAAUGCCAACAUUCAGAAGAUUGUUGCAUUUGAGAAUGCCUUUGAUCGUCUUCUAGACAUUAUCAUUGAUGAAGGCUGCAGUGAUGGAGGCGUGGUUGUCGAGGACUGCCUGGUGGUCCUGCUACACCUACUGAAGAACAAUAAUUCAAACCAGAACUUCUUCAAGGAGGGCAGCUACAUACAGCGGCUGAGCCCCUUCUUCAACUACCACCACAGCCAGCAGCAGCAACAGGAGGGCUCAGAGGCACAGCAGUCUGGUGGCGGAGGUGGAUGGUCGGCCCAGAAGGUGUCCAACAUCUUCCACAUGCUCCAGGUGGUGCGCUCCUUGGUGUCGCCCAGUGCGCCACUCAAUGUCACUUCAUCAUGUCAGAAGGCAAUGAACCAGUCUGGCCUGCUUGAACAACUCUGCAACAUCCUUAUGGCCAUUGGUGUUCCUGCUGAUAUCCUCACUGAGACAAUAAACACAGUGGCAGAAGUCAUACGAGGCCAUCACAGUAACCAGGAGUACUUUGCUUCUGUGAAUGCUCCUUCCAAUCCCCCUAGACCUGCCAUAGUCGUCCUGCUAAUGUCCAUGGUCAACGAAAAGCAGCCUUUUGUCUUGCGAUGUGCUGUCCUGUACUGUUUCCAGUGUUUCCUUUACAAAAACGAGCUUGGCCAGGCGCAGAUCAUCCAGACUCUUUUACCCACAUGUGCAGACAUGACGAGUGUGACAGCGGGUCAGCUGCUGUGUGGGGGUCUAUUCAGCACAGACCCGCUGAGCAAUUGGUUUGCAGCCGUGGCCCUGUCGCAUGCACUUGUUGACAACCCAACGCAGAAAGAGCAGCUCCUCCGUGUGCAGCUUGCCACCAGUGUGGGCAACCCACCAGUCUCCCUCAUGCGGCAGUGCACCGCUAUCCUUCAGCAGGGUGGAAAACUGCAGACACGGUUAGGUCUUCUGAUGCUUAUGAGCACGUGGCUGGCCAACUGCACACUUGCAGUGACAAGUUUCCUCAACAUCCCAACAAAUAUCCCUUAUCUUACUUCGCAAGUUGGCCUUGCAGAAGGUGAUGAGCACGAAGAUUUAGUUCAAGGCCUGUGCGCAUUUCUUUUAGGAAUUUGCAUUGAAUUCAACGAUGAUUCUGUACCAAGCUUUACUAGCGAGUCCCUCUGCCAGCUGCUGAUGAAGCGUGUGGGCCUGGACACAUUUGUGGAUAAGCUGGUGGCCAUACCGAAGCAGGAGUGCUACAGUCAAGCAGCCCAGAAGCCGCAGCUCAAAUACAAGCACCCCUCAGAAGUGUUCUUUGACUACGAGUUUUGUCGCCUAUUUAAAUCCCUUGAAGGCACAAUUAUAAAGGCAGUGCAACCGCGACCAAAAGAUUUACAGAAUGGGCCUGAGUCCAACAUGACAGCACAGCAGCAUUCAUUGCUGUUGCAAUACAAGACAGUUAUCAGAGAUCAGGAUGAAAGAAUCAAGUCCAUGACCUCUGAGCUGGAGACACUGCGGCGGGAGCAUCAGGAGAGUACUCGCGAGCUCAAGGAAAUGGUGGAAACAGUGCAACAACUGAAGGACCAAAAUGCUCUCCUCAAAGCACAAAGAGUGGCAGCUGGUGGUGGCCAGGGGGACAGCAAGAGUCCCAGCCCUGAGCUGGAUCAGACCAAGAGAGAGCUGGAGGACCUUCGGAAACAGCAUGAGCAGAUAUUACAAGAACUGGAAACCUUGAAGGCACAAAAGGUGAGCCAGGCAUUUGUCACAGAGCCAGCCCAUACGCCAUCUUCCGAAACAGUUGCUGACCCAUCGCUGAAGGCCGAGCUUGAUUCUGCCAAGGAGCGAAUUGCAGCUCUUGAAGCAGAGGUCUCUUCACUUCGCGAGGCUAGUGAGCUUCUCAAGAAAGAGAAGGAGGCAUCAGAGGAAGAGCUACAGACUCUGCGGAAAGAGCAAGAAGAUCUUCUUGUGAUGCUCACGGAGCAGGACACAAAAAUCUUCAAGCUCAAAUCCAAGUUCAAAGAGCUUGGGGUAGAGGCAGAACCAGAUGCGGUUCCCGAUCUUGGUGAAAGUGACGACGAUUUGGGCAGCGACCUUGGCGAGACAGAGGACCUUGUUGUGGUUGGCGAGCCAAAUGAGGAAGUGUGACUACUGCACCAGUAAUGGCACUGAGAGUUGCAUAGACUGUAAACAAAACAGCUGUUGCUUGUACAAAAUUGCUUUAUUUACAUGUUUUUUUUUCUUCAGUGGAAAAGGGUGGAAGGUUGGGCUACUGCGAGGAAAUAGUUACACAUUAUAAUUAGCUUUUUCCACAUUGCGCAAGACUGACCUACUGCUGCAUCAAAUGCUUGUGGUGAUGGCCCUGAGCUACGAGCAACAAGGUCUUCUUGGUGAAUAAAGAAAUGGUUGUACAUGUUG